ACCGACACCGGAAUCAUGGACCAGCAAUACUGUCUGCGCUGGAACAAUCAUCAGUCUAAUUUAACAACCGUUCUCACCACGCUGCUGCAAGAUGAGAAACUGUGCGACGUUACGCUGGCGUGCGACAAGGGAAUCGUCAAAGCACAUCAAGCCAUCCUCUCUGCCUGCAGUCCGUACUUCGAGCAGAUAUUCGUCGAAAACAAGCAUCCGCAUCCGAUCAUCUACCUGCGGGAUGUGGAGGUGAACGAGAUGCGCGCCCUGCUCGACUUCAUGUACCAGGGCGAGGUCAACGUGGGGCAGCACAAUUUACAGAACUUCCUCAAGACUGCCGAAAGUCUCAAGGUGCGAGGACUGACAGAGAGCGGCGCGGAUCGGUACUCGGCCGACGCGGACAAGAUUCGCUCGGAGCGCAUCCGGGAUUCGCGGGAUGAUCGCGAAUCGCUCAACCUGCCGAACGCGUCCAACAACAACAACAACAACAACAACAACAACAACAACACUAUUAGUAGUAAUAACAACUCGCUGCACCAUGGGCCGCUGCGCGACAAGGAGCUGGCCGACCACGACCAGCUCGAACGCAUCCAGCACCAGCACCUACAGCAGCAACACCAACAGCAGCAUCAAUCGCAGCCGCCCACGCAGCAACAGCAGCAGCAGCAGCAGCAUCAACACCCGCACCAGCAGCAACACCAGCCGCAGCAAGCACAACAGCAGCAGCAGCAGCAGCAGCAGCAGCAGCAGCAGCUACAACAACAAUCGCACCAAUCGCACCACCAGCAGCACCCGGCGCAGGUGCCAUCGGUCCAGCAGCCGUCCAGGAGUGCGAGCAUUGAUCUGAUGCAGUCCUCGCUCGUGGACGAGCGCGACUACCUAGCGGCGGAGGACCGCGAAAUUAGCACCGUAGAGAAUAAGAAGAAACGUAAAAUGUCCACCACCUGUGAUAACUCUUCGCCCUCGACACCUUCCCUCAUGAACGAAAGGCAAGGAUACGAAUCACAGGCAUCAUCUCACAGCAGCUUCAAGCAGAGUCCCAAGCCGGACGACGACUUCAAAGUGAGUUCGCCGGCCCCGGUACAUCCUUUGACCGGACAUCCGCUGGCUGGCAUCAAGCAGGAGCUACCGGAGCUGCCAGUGCGUCACUCGCUGUCCUCUGAUUUGCUGCAGCCUCUCAAGAUGCCAAUUUAUCCUGACGAGAUGUCUAGCUUGCUGACUUCCUCCGGCAUGGGGCUCGAACCACACGUGAACCACAUUCGCUACAAAUCGAGACAUCCGAUACCAAUCAACCUGAACACGGAGGAAAUGAGCAACAUUUUAAAUCCCGGCAACAUGGCAUCGCUCAACGAAAGCGGUGAUAGCGAGGCCCAUCUGUCGCAUCCCGAUCAUCCGGAUAAUAUCGAUGGUGACCGUAUGUUACGUCUCGCGAUGGCGUCACGUCACCACCACCAACGUGCCGGUUUGCAUCAUCACGAUCUAGCGACAGGAGUGGUUGUGAAUGCCGUUUUGGCAGCGGGAGGCUGCGUUAAUGGGAGCCGUGCGGUUGUGGGUGGUGGAGCAGGAGCAGGCUUAGGAGCAGGAGGUAGUGAUGGUGGAGAGUAUGAAGGAGGAGGAGGAGGAUGUGGAAAGAGUGGUGGCGGAAGUGCAAACGGUAGAGGUGUACGCGGAUGCCUUGAGGAGGCAGGAGGAGGAGGAGGAGGAGGAGUUGGUGGUGGCUGUGGAGGCGUUGAGAGUAUGGCCGGACUCGCGGUUGAGCGCACCCGCGGCGUAGUAGUCGGAUCAGGUGGUUCCGGAUCAGGACUAGGGCUAGCCAGUAGAACAGCAGGAGCAGGGGACAAGGGCCAUCUGUCUGGGGAAGCUGAUGGCGGCGGUCCUGGAGGGCAUGCUCCUGGAGGAGGUGGAUGCUCAGCAGUGGGCUGUGGAGGAGGAGGAGGGGCAGCAGCAGCAGGAGUGGUAGGAGGCGUAGCAGGACUAGGAGGGUGUGACGGCGCCCUGCUCCACGCAGGUCUCCCACUUCCGCUCGGAGGCAGCCUUGUGGAGUCGCUCGUCGAGCAUCACAGACUGACGGCCAGCCUGAGCGUCAAUGGGCAGCAACAACAGCAGCACAACCAACACCACCGCGGCGGCACCAAUGGAAGCAGCAACAAUGGCGGCAAAACGUCCGCCUCCUCCGCCACUCCGCCUACACCGAAUACAUCGUUGUCGUCCUCGUCGUCGUCGUCGUCGUCGUCGUCCUCGGCGUCGUCAUCGUCGUCCUUGUUGUGCGGCAGCAGUGGUGGCGGCGGAGCUGGUGGCGUUGCCGGGGCUGGAGGUACCGGCGGCGGGGCCGGGUUUGGGAUGUCCUCCGCCGGAGAGCCAGAUAUGGGCGGUCCGGCCGGCGGACUGGCCGGCUCUAACCUCUCCGUUCCCGGUGGUGGAGUCGGCGCCGCUGGCGGCAGCCUACGCCCGUCCAGUGCGAGCUCCUCGAGCACUACGCGCCGCGACCACAACAUCGACUACUCCUCGCUGUUCAUACAGCUGACCGGUACCUUCCCGACGCUGUACAGCUGCGUUAGCUGCCAUAAGACCGUCUCGAACCGCUGGCAUCACGCCAACAUUCACCGGCCACAGAGCCACGAAUGUCCGGUGUGCGGACAAAAGUUCACCCGGCGCGAUAACAUGAAGGCCCACUGCAAGGUGAAGCAUCCCGAGCUGAGGGACCGAUUCUACAACCACAUCGUACACAUGUGA